AUUGAAGUCUUCAAAAGGGCUGAUACUGAUAGAUUAAAAGAGAUUUUUCUCAAGUAUGCCAGCCAGAAGAUACAGGAUGAGCAUUUCAUGACUUACAGUGAUUUUGUCAUACACUAUCUGCAGAUUUUGAAGCCAGAUAAAUUUGAUCAGUACACCCUACAGUUGUUUGCUUCAUCCGCUGAUACUACACGGGACAGAUUGAUCUCAUUUCAUGAAUUUCAAGCUUUUGAAGCAUUACUGUGUCUUCCAGAUGCCCUCUAUGCCUUGGCUUUUACCAUUUUUGACCAAAAUGGCAAUGGCUACAUUACCUGUGAUGAAUUUGUUAAUAUCAUCAAACAUACAACAUUGCACAACAAAAUUCCUUUCAAUUUUGAUGGGAAUUUUCUACAGCUACAUUUUGGGAAAGAUAAGAACAGAAAAGUUUCUUAUGCUGAAUUCACCCAGCUGAUACAUGACUUCCAUGAAGAACAUGCUCUGCAAGCCUUUAGACGUCUUGAUGCUGAUAAAACUGGUUACAUUUCUGCCAUGGAUUUUGAGAACAUAAUGAUCUCUCUUAAAAGUUACUUGUUAACACCUUUUGUUAAAGAAAAUUUAGUUACAGUUACUUUGGGUGGCGAGCGUCAUCGUCAAGUCAGUUACACAUACUUCAUUGCCUUCAUUUCUUUACUCAAUAACAUGGAGCUAGUCAAGAAAAUCUACAUGGCUGCUUCUCAGAGAGAUGCCAACAGGGAAGUUACCAAAGAGGAGAUAUUAUACCAAGCACAGGAUUUUGCUGCACAAAUCACUCCAAUGGAAGUUGAUAUUCUCUUUCAAUUGGCUGGUCUUCGGCAUCAAACUGGUCGUAUAAGGUAUGAAGAUUUGGAAUGCGUUUCUCCAAUGGAAGGUCGGGAAACCCCGUAUUCAAUCCAAAUGCAAAUUGCAGAGGAAAAGAUUCGUCAAGCUGAAGGUGCUGAACGUAACCCUCUCAUGAUGAUUUUAGAGAGUGCUUACCGGUUUGCUUUAGGCUCCAUUGCAGGAGCUACUGGUGCAACUGCAGUAUAUCCUAUUGAUCUUGUUAAAACACGUCUUCAAAACCAAAGAACAGGAUCCUAUGUUGGAGAAUUGAUGUACAAAAAUAGCUUUGAUUGCUUCAAAAAAGUUAUUCGACAUGAAGGUUUUACUGGAUUGUAUCGAGGUCUUGCUCCUCAACUUGUUGGUGUUGCUCCAGAAAAAGCUAUCAAAUUGACGGUGAAUGAUUUAGUGCGAGAUAGGUUAAUGAGAAAAGAUGGCACGUUACCUCUUUGGGCUGAGAUGGCUGCUGGUGGUUGUGCUGGUGCAUCUCAGGUUGUUUUUACUAAUCCAUUAGAAAUUGUUAAAAUUCGGUUACAAGUUGCUGGUGAAAUUGUUGGUAAAGGGCGUAUCAGUGCUAUAUCUGUGAUCAAAGAGUUAGGAUUUUUUGGAUUAUACAAGGGGGCCAAGGCCUGUUUUCUCCGAGACAUCCCCUUUUCUGCUAUAUAUUUUCCUAUUUAUGCACACUUGAAAAAGAAAUUUGCAGAUCAAAAUGGUUAUAACUCACCACUUUCUUUACUGUGUGCUGCAACCUUAGCUGGCAUGCCAGCUGCAUCAAUUCCAACACCUGCUGAUGUGAUUAAAACUCGAUUACAGGUGGCUGCUAGAACUGGUCAAACAACAUACAAUGGUGUUGUUGACUGUGCAAGAAAAAUUUGGAGAGAAGAAGGAGGGAGUGCAUUCUGGAAAGGAGCCCCUGCUCGUGUUUUCCGGUCAUCUCCACAAUUUGGUGUUACACUGCUUACAUAUGAAUUACUUCAGAGAGUUUUGUACAUUGACUUUGGUGGAAGACGGCCAGAAGGAUCCGAAGCUAGGCCAACACAUCUUGAAGAGAAAAUGUCCAGAAACCCUGACCACAUUGGUGGCUACCGCCUUGCUUUGGCAACCUUUGAUGGUCUUGAAUCUAAAUUUGGAUUAUGUCUUCCAAAAUUCAAAGCACCAGUUAUUCCUUCCUCCUCUUCUGCUGUUCAUGUCGUUGUUACUCCAGCAGCUCAGUAA